ACAGAUCUUAACCACUAAGCCCCCAGAAAGCUCUCUUGUGUCCCCUCCAGUCACUAAUGCACCCCAAGGCCCAUCACUCUUCUGACUUCUAAGCUGUUCUUGUCCUUCAUGGAGAUGGAAUAACGCAGCAUGCCCUUUAAGGUCCGGCUCUGUUGUCCCUUGUGACUGUGAGAGCUCUUGUGGGGUGACCACAAGGCCCUGCAAAUCAGAGCAGCUGGAGGUGAGCAGAGCCAUGACUUCCGGCCUCUCUGCAGGCAGCCCCAACAAGCCUUUUUUGUUGCAGGGUGAAUCGUGCAGCAUUAACCUUACAGAGCUGUGGCGGGCUCCUAGUCUGACACCCCCACCAUGUUUCCCUCUAGGGCUGGUGACCGUUGGGCAAUUUCUAAUUGGAAACUAUUAGGAUUAGCACUGCCACGACCACUCCGUGCCUCACUUCUGGUGCCCGCAGACACACAGGGAGGCAUAUCUGCCAGGCAUAAGCCUGAGAGUGGGAUUGCUGGGCCAGGGGACCCCACGUUCAGCUGAGAGGUGUUUUCUGUGGGUCCCAUCCCAGGGCUCUGUUUCUCCCCCUUCACGAGUCUCACUUUUCUUUCUUUUUUUAAAUUUAGGUAUCAUUGAUAUACAAUCACAUGAGCAACACUGUGGUUCCUACAUUCCCCCCAUUAUCAAUGACUUUUCUUUCUUUUAAAAAUAAAUCUGUUUAUGGUUCCAACAGACGGAUCCAUCCUCAGGAACCACCAACUGGUCGCUGCCAUGAAUUCCUACACAAAGAAGUGGCUUCUGCAGGCCCAGCGAAGGCUGCUUCCUCUCCGGGAAACGCAUCUUUUCCUUUGGACUUUGGUGUCCCGGGUUCCUCACUUUUCGCCGGAGUUGGGAUGUAGGUUCGGUCUGUCUGCCGCGCCCGACUGGCGGUCCCCGGACGGCAGAGCCGGUCCCAGCCCGCGACUGCCUGGGGUCAGCAGGGACCCGCAGACCCCGACGCUCCGCGCGCAGGGCGCGCAAGGCUGGACCGGGCGGAGCGCGGCAGCAGGGCUUUGCUCGCGGGCCGCGUCCCACGGGGAGCGCCCCCAGCGGGCGGGCGUCAGGGUCUGCCCGUAUCGGCCCCCCGACUCUCCCCGAGGGCGCCUCCGGCCCCCCGAGGCUUCCGGCGGCGCUGGGCUUCGGUGCCGAGCCCGCCCCUCGGGCCGGCGCGCGGAGGGGCUCGGGUUUCCCUCGCGCUGGGGCGGGGGCGCGCUGCCAGGAUGUGUCCCCACUCCGGCCCCCGCCGGCGGGAAGCCGGGGUCCCUGCCCCCCGCGCCGCCGCGGGCCUGUGCGCCCCUCGGGGCGGUGACGUGCGCAGCCGUCCGGGAGGGGGACGGGCGGCCCCGCGGCCCCGCCCCGCCCCCGCCGCGCCCUCCUCUGGGCGGGAUAAUUGAACGGCGCGGCCGGGGCCCCGCGUUGCCUGCCGAGGCCCGGCCCGAGCGUGGAGCCCGCGCCGCCGCCGCGCCCCGAGCCCAGCAGCCGCCGCGCCUUUGUCCGCCGCCGCCGCCCAUGGAGCGCGCCCCGCCGUCGCGCCGGCUCUCGCUGACGCUGCUGCUGCUCGGCGGCCUCUCGCUGCUGGCGGCCCCAGUGGGUGCAGACAUCCCCCUGGAGGCUUGCUGUGCAGAUGGACAUCGGAUGGCCACUCAGCACAGGGACUGCUCACUGCCCUACGCCUCAGACUCUAAGGAGUGCAGGAUGGUUCAGGAGCAGUGCUGCCAUAACCAGCUGCAGGAGUUGCACUGCGCCACAGGCAUCAACCUGGCUAACGAGCAGGACAGCUGCACCAUGCCGCCCGGGGACAACACCAGCCUUGAGGCCACAUUCGUGAAGAGGUGCUGUCACUGCUGCCUGCUGGGGAGGGCGGCCCAGGCGCAGGGCCAGAGCUGCGAGUACAGCCUCAUGGUUGGCUACCAGUGUGGGCUGGUCUUCCGAGCAUGCUGUGUCAAGGGCCAGGAGACUACGGACUUUGCCCCUGGGGACACUGGGGACCUUCAGGAAACAGCCAAGAUCUCCGCAGUGGACGAGGACCAGGAGGACCCGUACCUAAAUGACCGCUGCAGAGGCGGCGGGCCCUGUAAGCAGCAGUGCCGAGACGCAGGGGAGGCGGUCGUCUGCUCUUGCUUUGUGGGCUACCAGCUGCUGCCCGACGGCGUCUCCUGUGAAGAUGUCAAUGAAUGCAUCACGGGCAGCCACAAUUGCCGGCUUGGAGAAUCCUGCAUCAAUACAGUGGGCUCUUUCCGCUGCCAGAGAGACAGCAGCUGUGGGACUGGCUAUGAGCUCACCGAGGACAAUGACUGCAAAGAUAUUGACGAGUGUGAGAGUGGUAUUCAUAACUGCCUCCCCGAUUUUAUCUGUCAGAAUACUCUGGGAUCCUUCCGCUGCAGACCCAAGCUACAGUGCAAGAGUGGCUUUAUACAAGAUGCUCUAGGCAACUGUAUUGACAUCAAUGAGUGUUUAAGCAUCAGUGCCCCGUGCCCUGUUGGGCAGACUUGCAUCAACACGGAGGGUUCCUAUACAUGCCAGAAGAACGUGCCCAACUGUGGCCGUGGCUACCAUCUCAACGAGGAGGGAACCCGUUGUGUUGAUGUGGAUGAGUGUUCGCCGUCCUCCGAGCCCUGUGGGCCAGGGCACCUCUGUGUGAACUCCCCUGGAAGUUUCCGCUGCGAAUGCAAGGCUGGUUACUAUUUCGAUGGAAUCAGCAGGACAUGUGUGGACAUCAACGAGUGCCGGCGCUACCCCGGCCGUCUGUGCGGCCACAAGUGUGAGAACACGCCGGGCUCCUACUUCUGCAGCUGCACCAGGGGCUUCCGACUGUCUGCCGAUGGCCGGUCCUGUGAAGACGUGAACGAGUGUAACAGCAGCCCCUGCAGCCAGGAGUGUGCCAACGUGUACGGCUCCUACCAGUGUUACUGCCGGCGAGGCUACCAGCUCAGCGACGUGGACGGGGUCACCUGCGAAGACAUUGACGAGUGCGCCCUGCCCACCGGGGGCCACAUCUGCUCCUACCGCUGCAUCAACACCCCUGGAAGCUUCCAGUGCAGCUGCCCCCUGUCCGGAUACAGGCUGGCCCCCAACGGCCGCAACUGCCAAGACGUUGACGAGUGUGUGACCGGCAUCCACAACUGCUCCAUCAACGAGACCUGCUUCAACAUCCAGGGUGGCUUCCGCUGCCUGGCCUUCGAGUGCCCCAAGAACUACCGCCGCUCCGCAGACACGCUCCGCCAGGAGAAGACAGACACAGUCCGCUGCAUCAAGUCCUGCCGCCCGAGCGACGUCUCCUGCGUGUUGGACCCAGUGCACACCAUCUCCCACACUGUCGUCUCGCUGCCCACCUUCCGCGAGUUCACCCGCCCGGAAGAGAUCAUCUUUCUCCGGGCCAUCAUGCCGGUGUAUCCUGCCAACCAUGCUGACAUCAUCUUCGACAUAACAGAAGGGAACCUGCGGGACUCCUUCGACAUCAUCAAGCGCUACAUGGACGGCAUGACUGUGGGUGUCGUGCGCCAAGUGCGGCCCAUCGUGGGGCCUUUCCACGCCGUCCUGAAGCUAGAGAUGAACUACGUGGUCGGGGGUGUGGUGUCCCACCAAAAUGUUGUCAACGUCCACAUCUUUGUCUCCGAGUACUGGUUCUGAGGGCCGAUCGACAGCGCAGCCAAGUUUGCUCCCCCAGGCCAAGUCAUUGCUGCCAAGGACUAUGCCCUGUCCCUGUUUGUACCCCCUAAGACAUUUCUUAUUUUUAUGUAUUUGUAGUGUUAGGCUGACAGGUACUAAGCUGAGCCAGAUGAAUAAGUCCCUCUGAUGUAUUCUGGUGUUUAAAUAGGGUCCAAUUACUCAACUGUUUAGUUGAAAACCUUGCUUAUUUUUUAAUGCAAUGGUUAAAUGUAGCUCCCUUUCUCUGCCUGUGGGCUGGCAUCGCUAAGGACAAAGGGAAGAAGUUUUCAGGGGCCAGCCUGUCCAAAUGCUGCAAGAAGACGAGUGCUCACCCUGAUUGUAUGGAAUGUGACAUUUGGUACUUUUUGCCAAUUCAAUUUGGUCUCCCAGUGAUAAAGAGCAGGGCUGAUAAAUUCUACUCCAAAGCAGCUCGGCACAGUGCCUUGGGAGCACUUAGAUGGUGAACUGCAGUUUUGCUGAAACAGAAAAACCCUUUGGUAAAGACACAGCCUGUUAGAUUCGUGUGUGGCCCCUGGACAUUCACCAGGGGAACAGCUGGUUCUCUGUACCCUGCAUCCAUGUUUUCUAUCAUAGGUGGGAAAAUAAACAGCUUUGUGGUAUUCCUGA